AGCUUCCAGCUUGUUCGAGGUUACCUGACGGCUGUACGCAUAUAUUCCCACCGUCCCGCGAUAAUUUGCUGGUCAUCAGACAAAGACAACAACACACCCGAACAACAAACAACUCUCGAGCCUUAUUUAAUACCUCACGUUAUCUUUCUCUUUGCCUAAUCAUACAACACAAUGACUUCAGGCAUGAACUUUACAGACCGGGCAUCAAAAGCCCUAAACGAUGCCCAAGACCUCACCCAACAAUACUCGCAUUCGCAACUAUUACCGUUGCACCUCGCAGUCUCCCUGAUCGAUCCUCCUCCAGACCUCUCUAAAGACCAGCAAGCAACCUCCCACGACUCACAUGCAGGGUCGUCCGCACCACUCUUCAGGCAGGUCGUCGAGCGCGCACACGGCGAUCCUCAGCUGCUGGACCGAGCGCUGAAGAAGGCUCUCGUCCGGUUACCUAGCCAGGACCCACCACCCGAUCACGUCUCGAUUGGGCCAUCUUUCUCCAAGGUCCUGAGAGCUGCAAAUGAGCUUCAGAAGACGCAGAAGGAUAGCUUCAUCGCCGUUGACCACCUUAUUCAAGCGCUCGCGCAAGAUUCGACCAUUCAGCGAUGCCUCGCCGACGCAAAUAUCCCCAAGCCCGGCCUGAUUGACCAGGCUGUCCAGCAGGUUCGCGGCACGAGGAGGGUAGACUCUAAGACGGCAGACUCGGAGGAUGAGAACGAGAACCUGAAGAAGUUUACCAUCGACAUGACGUCCAUGGCAAGGGAAGGCAAGAUCGACCCCGUCAUCGGUCGUGAAGAGGAGAUUAGGAGAGUCAUCCGCAUCCUCUCCAGACGGACGAAGAACAACCCCGUCCUGAUUGGUGAGCCAGGUGUCGGUAAGACUACAGUUGUCGAAGGCCUGGCACUCCGCAUAGUCAACGCAGAUGUACCGGCCAACCUGGCGGCAUGCAAGCUUCUGUCGCUAGAUGUUGGUUCUCUGGUUGCCGGUAGCAAGUACCGCGGAGAGUUUGAGGAGAGAAUGAAGGGUGUGCUGAAGGAGAUCGAAGACGCAAAGGAGAUGAUCGUUCUCUUCGUCGAUGAGAUCCAUCUGCUCAUGGGCGCCGGAGCUUCUGGUGAGGGCGGCAUGGACGCAGCCAACCUUCUCAAGCCUAUGCUUGCCCGUGGUCAACUGCACUGUAUUGGUGCAACGACCCUUGGCGAAUACAGGAAAUACAUUGAAAAGGACCAGGCCUUCGAGCGUCGUUUCCAGCAGGUCUUGGUUAAGGAGCCCUCUAUUCCCGAGACCAUAUCUAUCCUGCGUGGUCUCAAGGAGAAGUACGAGACUCAUCACGGUGUUACCAUCCUCGACGGUGCUAUCGUCUCCGCCGCCACCCUUGCCGCGCGGUACCUUACCCAGCGUCGUUUACCCGACUCGGCGGUCGACUUGAUCGAUGAGGCCGCCGCAGCUGUUCGCGUGACCCGCGAGUCACAGCCCGAGGCACUCGACAACAUGGAGCGGAAGCUUCGGCAGCUCCAGAUCGAAAUCCAUGCUCUCGAGCGUGAGAAGGAUGAAGCUGCUCAGGCUCGUUUGGCGGAGGCUAAGCAAGAAGCUGCUAAUGUCGAAGAGGAACUUAAGCCACUGCGCGAGAAGUACGAGCGCGAAAAAGCUCGCGGCAAGGAUAUUCAGGAGGCCAAGAUCAAGCUCGAUCAGCUCAAGGUCAAGCGUGCUGAGGCUGAACGUAUCGGUGACCUGUCGACGGCCUCUGACCUUCAGUACUACGCUAUUCCGGACGUCGAGCAGCGCAUUUCUCAGCUCGAGCACGAUAAGGCCAAGGCCGAUGCCGAGAUGUGGAAAUCCGGAGGUGAUGAGCAGGCUCUGCUUACUGACGCCGUCGGCCCUGACCAGAUCAACGAGAUUGUCGCUCGCUGGACCGGUAUCCCUGUCACCCGUCUGAAGACGACGGAGAAGGAUAAGUUGCUGCAAAUGGAGCGCCAUCUGGGCCAGCUCGUCAUUGGCCAGAAGGAGGCUGUCACUUCUGUCUCCAAUGCUAUUCGUCUGCAGCGCUCCGGUCUUGCAAAUCCGAACCAGCCACCAUCAUUCCUGUUCUGCGGUCCUUCCGGUACCGGUAAGACGCUUCUCACAAAAGCCCUUGCCGAGUUCUUGUUCGACGACCCGAAGGCCAUGAUCCGGUUCGAUAUGUCCGAAUACCAGGAGCGUCACUCUCUAUCUCGUAUGAUUGGCGCGCCGCCUGGCUACGUCGGCCAUGACGCCGGUGGACAACUGACCGAAGCCCUCCGGCGCCGUCCAUUCUCGAUCCUGCUCUUUGACGAAGUCGAGAAGGCCGCCAAGGAAGUCCUGACGGUGCUCCUGCAGCUCAUGGAUGACGGCCGCAUCACCGACGGCCAAGGCCGCAUUGUCGACGCCAAGAACUGCAUCGUCGUCAUGACAUCGAACCUGGGCGCAGAGCACCUAGCACGGCCGAACGCGCCAGACGGGCGCAUCGACCCGACGACCAAGGAGAUGGUCAUGGCGGCGCUACGCAACUACUUCCUGCCCGAGUUCCUGAACCGCAUCAGCAGCAUAGUCAUCUUCAACCGUCUCACGAAGCGCGAGAUCCGCCGCAUCGUCGACGUGCGCAUGGUCGAGAUUCAGAAACGCCUCAGUGCCAACGGGCGCAAUGUGCAGAUCAACAUGACGAACGAGGUGCGCGACUACCUUGGCAGUGCGGGAUACUCGCCUGCGUAUGGCGCGCGGCCGCUAGCGAGGUUGAUUGAGAAGGAGGUGCUGAAUCGGAUGGCGGUGCUGAUUCUGAGGGGCGCCAUCCGGGAUGGCGAGGCGGCGAAUGUGAUCCUCGAGAACGGACAUAUUCAGGUGUUGCCGAACCAUGAUUCUGAGCCUGAGAGUGAGGGGGAAAUGGUUUGGGAUGAUGAUAGUGAUGAUGCGGUAGAGGAGCUGGGAAGAGAUGCGGAUGGAGACAUGGAGCUCUACGAUUAGAUGAGGAUUGACUUCUCAUCUCUUCUUUUCCUUUACUCUAUCUCUUUCUUCUUUUGCUUUUGUUUCUUUUGAUGUUGCUUUUGCAUGUUUCUCCAAAAAGCGUGAGCGAGAUGUUUUUCACUCAGUCCCUGGGGGAUUUGGGAUUUUACGAUAGGUUUUACGACUUGCACGACUUAGCGAAAUAGUUUUGGGUUUUACCUUUAGAAAUGGGUAUGGUUCGGUAGCAUGGUAGAGAUUUAAUACAUGGGCUGCAUGAAAUAGAAG